CAUUCGCAGACUUUCUGCAUUGCAGGUGCAUUGAAAAUAUUGUUUUGAUAUCACAUUAAAUGGAGGACUAUUAUUUUGUGUUUCUUUUUGUUGGCAAGCAACCAUUUUCGACAGUUAUCUGAACUAUAGGUAAAUGAAGGUCGAUAACAUUGGACAUUUAGAAACUAACGUUUAUCUCUAGCAAUACCUGCUGCAAGUUGUUCCUGCUUUUUUUCGUUGGUAAUUUCUUGAGCCUUCUCCUGGCUCCUGGAGUGAAAGUAAACUUCAACAAUUGGGCCUAGAUUAUCCAGAUUGUCUGAGCUGUACGCGUUUCGUUUCUCGGCGCGUUUCUCGGUUAGCUGUGGUUUCAUCCUUUGCGAACUGAUGAUUUCCUGGUAUUCAACUUAUCAUAACAAAGAAAUGUAAAAGCUUCAAGGACGAUGUGCGUUCCUCAAUAGAUGCAGAUAGCAAGAUUGAGAUUUUUUGCUGACGCGUUUGCCAAUAGUAGAGGAACUAGGCCGCAUUUGUUGAGCAUUCAAUAUGAAAGACGGACCACAUGAACAAAUCUGCAAGUUCUAGAGGUUCGGGAACAAUUUAUAAAAAAGAUAUAAAGGUUGAAAUGAAGGGAAACAAAGUGACAAGCCUGGAUCCAUCAACAUCGUUUAUUGCAGCAAUGAAAACAAAAUCAUCUUUUGGUAAAGGUGGAAGAAGGGUUUCUAAAGAGUCAAUUGCAUCAUCAGGAUUUCUAGCUCAUGGGAAGAUGAAAGGAACUCAUUGGAUCAGUCGAACAUUUUAUCAACGAGAAUGCUUUAAAUUUGUGCAAGAUAAGGCUAAACCCGAGUUCUGCCAAUGUGGUAUGAAGAAAGUUGAACACAAACAAGAUGGUUUUAUAGAAGUCAAAGAUUCUGAAAUGAAAUGGACACCAGAGCAGUGUACUAAAAAAGUCAGCACAAGAACCUUUGGGGAAAUAGAGUUUGCCGAAGAUCCAUCGACAAGAAAACCUUACAUACGACUUUCCCAUGAUACAAACCCAUUGCCUUUGUUGAAGCUUCUUACUCAAAAAUGGCAGUUGAAUGUGCCAAACUUAGUGAUCUCAGUAACUGGAGGUGCCAAGAGCUUUAAACUAAAACCGCCUCUAAAGGAAGCUUUUAGUAAAGGCCUGAUCAAAGUUGCUGUCUCAACUGGUGCCUGGAUAAUCACAGGUGGAACCAGCACUGGUGUAAUGAAACAUGUCGGAGAGGCUGUCAUGAGCAGAACUCAAAUUGGACAUCAGUCAGGGAAAAUAAACUGCAUUGGUAUUGCACCUUGGGGACAAGUUGAUAAUUCUGAUUGCCUGGUGUCAAAGAAUGGAAAAGGGUGCUAUCCAGCCUCGUACACAACAGCGACGUCCGAUCCAAGUAAAGCCCCAUUGGACAUGAACCAUUCACAUUUCAUUCUUGUUGAUAAUGGCACCACUGGACAAUAUGGCGUUGAAAUUGGCCUGCGCUCAACACUAGAAGGGGCCAUUCUGCACAAUUUAAAGACUGAAUCUUCCUCAAGUGCUGGUUCCAUCGGAAUCCCGGUUGUGAUUCUGUGCUUAGAGGGCGGUCCGAAUACGAUCGCAACGAUGGCUGAAGCAAUAAAAAAAGGUGUGCCGGCUGUUGUGAUAGACGGGUCUGGAAGAGCUGCCGAUGUGGUCGCUUUUGCAUUCAAGCAUGUGAAAUUCAAUGCCAACAAACAAAUUCAAGAGAUUGAUGAGGAUUUUGUCGAUGAUGUGAAAAAGCAGGUUGAAAAAGUUUUUGGAGAAAAAAGUAGAGACAGGGUUUAUCAACAAAUUGAAGAGCUGUUACGUGACCGGAAAAUGGUCUCUGUAUAUCGUUUGAAAGAUGAUAACAGCUCCCAGGAUAUCGAUUUGGCCAUUCUCAAAGCUCUUCUCAAAGCCAACCAACACAUUCAGUCUCAACUGCGACUAGCUCUCGCCUGGAAUCGUAUUGAUGUUGCCAAAAGUGAGAUAUUUAUCGAAGGCCAUAGGCAGCUAAUCGAGAUGGAGCAUUUGCACGAAUCAAUGUUUACUGCCCUGAUUGAUGACAAAGUUGACUUUGUUUCCCUUUUCAUAAACGAAGGAGUCAAAAUGAAGGACUUUCUCACUGUCGACCUUCUCUGUUCCCUUUAUGCAGCGCUUCCACGUAAUGCUCCAGUGAUGCAGCUUCUAUACGUGGUUAGUGACAAAAGUAAAGACGUGAGCAUGUUCAAUGUUGGGCAGUUGGUGGAAGAACUGAUGGGUGAUAAAUUCAAAUCUCAGUAUAAGAGUGAUGAUUAUUGCGGGAGAGUGAUAGAAAUUGGAAGUGGCACCAGGCCUGUCAGAGAUGAGGGAGUUAAAAUGGCUCAAGAUGCUUGGUUGGAUUUAUUUGUUUGGGCGACGCUUGCGAAUCGUCGCGAAAUGGCGCGGCUUAUCUGGAGCAAAGGCAGGGAAAACAUAGCUAUGGCACUAAUGGCUACCAAGUUACUGAAAGGUUUAGUGGAAAAGGUGCUUUCAGAAAGAGAUAUGGUGGACAUUGGUGCAUCCUUUAUGGAGCAUGCAAGCGAAUGGGAGAAAACUGCAAUUGGGGUUCUUGAUGAAUGUCGGAAGCAAGAUGAUGAAUUAGCACAGCGGCUGGUCGUAAAAGAGCUACCAAAUUUUGGUCAUUUGACAAGUGUGGAUAUUGCUGUCUCGGCAGAAGAUCAAGACUUCAUCGCCCACCCCACUUGCCAAGCGCUGUUCAGUAAACUUUGGAUGGGAACAAUGGAGCUCAGUACACACACCUGGCAGGUGGCUGUUUGCUUUUUUGCCCCGCCGGUCGUCCCGUUUAUGAUAAGUUUUUCUGGAGAUGAAGAUCUGAAGCACGAUGCAAUGCAACAAAGGCCUUCGACAGUCAUCCAAAAUUACGACAAAAGUCAAGACAUCGAAGAACGUGUUGUGUCUAGUAGAGAAAAUGAUGAAGAAAUGAACAUUGGAUCCACAGCCACAUUCAAGGACUUUGAAGGCAGAGAAAGUGUUGAAUUGCAUAAUUACGAGUCAGAGGAGAAAGAUCCCAUAUACCAGCUUGUCCAUAUAGAAGAUCCAAAUGAUGCAAUUGAUGCCACGUUGAGAUAUGCCAAGCUUUCUAAAUUUGAGAAGAUGCUUCGAUUUUAUCAAGCUCCAUUUGUUAAAUUCUUUGCAAAUGUGCUGUCAUAUUUGAUUUUCCUUGGACUCUAUAGCUACAAUCUAUUGUCAAAGUUCAGCAUGAAACCGCAUUGGAGUGAAUAUGUGCUGCAAGUUUGGGUUUUGACGUUGAUCAUUGAAGAAAUUCGCCAGGUCAUCACUCAAGAGCCAAAAAGUUUCCUCAGGAAGCUCGAAUGGUAUUUCUCGAGUACAUGGAACAUUGCAGACGUCUUCUCGCUCAUAUCAUUUUUGAUUGCCACUGUACUGCGUUACGCGGCUUGGAAAUCUGGGAAUAAAGAAUAUCUAGAUGUGGCGAGAAUAAUCUUGGCUACUGAUGUCAUUAUAUUCAUAAUUCGAUUGUUGCAAAUAUUUUCAGUAAAUAAGAAUUUGGGGCCGAAGCUUGUUAUGAUUCAGAAAAUGUUGCACGACUUAAAGUAUUUCAUCUUCAUCCUUGCAAUUUUCAUAAUUGGUUACGGAGUCGCCUUCCAGUCAGUCAGAUUUCCAAGAACUCCGAUUGGCAAGGCCCUUAUCGGUGUUCUAAACAAACCAUAUUGGCAAAUGUAUGGAGAGCUUUUCAUAGAGGAUAUUCUCGAGGAUCAGAAGAACUGUACAACUGGAUUACCUGUCUGUUUAACAGACCCUGACGAGGAUUGUAGCACCGACUACGGAAAAUAUGUCGCACCUAUUUAUAUGGCAUUGUAUAUGUUGUUCACCAACAUUCUGUUACUGAACCUACUCAUUGCCAUUUUCAACUACACCUUCGAGAAAGUUCAAGAUGCUUCCGACAAAGUAUGGAAAUUCCAACGGUACGAAUUGAUUCUUGAGUACCACGAUCGCCCUGCCCUAACUCCACCUCUAAUUAUAGUUUCCCAUGUAUAUUUGGGAAUGAGAUGGAUUGUGCAGCGCCUUCGUUGCUGUGGAUGCAGACCCUUGAAAGGAAGCACCAUGAAAUUCAAAUUAUCUUCGGAUGAAAAUGAGCAACUGCGUAUGUGGGAAUACACGGCUGCAGAGUCUUACAGUUACAUCUCCAAGCUGCUAGAAUCAGAAACGCUUGACGAGAGAGUGAAAGACAUUCAAUCAAGGAUAGACAACCUUUCUACGGACAUGGCGAAAACAAUGGACUUUCCUCUGAGUGGAGAUGCCAUGAUGCGACAAGAAACUGCAAUCAUCAGCAGAAGAGCCAUCCAGACCAGGCAAGCCCCUCUACUCGAGAGUCGGAUCUCCAGUUUAGAACAUAAACUUGACCAAGUUCUUGAAUUGCUUAUACAACAAACACAGAAGCAGGCUGCGCUGCUUCAAGCAGGAAGAUCGCUUUCUAUGGAAGAAGCUCCUGAUCGCAACCAGAUAACUACGAAAAUAACUUCCAUUCAUAUAAAGGCGAGGACAACACCAUAUCCCAAUUCAAUUAUUCAGAGAGCAAGAGUACCUGAUGCUUUCGUUCCUUGGGAGGUUUCCUUUCCAGAAUACAUGCCAGCAGUAUACACAGCCCCAGUCGUCUUGGCACAACCAGUGUGGGCGGAUCCAGAUAUUUUGUCCAUGGAGCCAAAGCCAGUGUUGCCGUUUAACUCUUAUGACCACAAGGAGAAGACCAACCGAGAGAGUUUCCUGGGGACAUACGAAGUCGUAGAUAAUCUUCCAAGGAAUCCUAUGGGGCGGACUGGCAUUGUCGGCAGAGGGCUACUUGGGAAAUGGGGCCCAAAUCAUGCUGUGGACCCUGUUGUGACUAGAUGGAAGCGAUCAAGUUCUGGCAUCGUUUUGGAUAAAGGGAAACGAGUUUUGGAGUUUGUUGCUAUUCAGCGAAAGGAUAACCAUCAAUGGGCUAUCCCAGGGGGAAUGGUAGAUGCUGAUGAAAAAAUUUCUGAAACAUUGCGAAGAGAAUUUAGCGAAGAAGCAUUCGCUAAAUUAGAUAUGCCAGAACAAAGACGCCAGACAAUCAUUCGAAAGAUCGACGAUCUGUUUAAACGCGGUACAGAGGUGUACAAGGGUUAUGUCGAUGAUCCACGAAAUACUGAUAAUGCGUGGAUGGAGACAGUUGCUUACAAUUUUCAUGAUGACACGGGAGAGAUUUUUGGGGAUCUUGAGCUGAAGGCAGGGGAUGACGCUGAAGCUGUAAGAUGGCAAAGAGUCAGUGGCAACAUCCCUCUAUUUGCAAGUCAUGUCGGCAUUGUUGAAAAAGUUGCCGGCAUGCAUGACGCAGCAUUCUACUAGAAAAUAAUGCUUUUGUGAAUUCCACAAGACAAGACUUACUGUAUUUUCUAUAUGACAAAUGAUUACCAUACAAAUCUAAUCUGUUACUAUUGAUGGUUUAUUCUUCGCCAACUGUUGAUGCAUAGGUCUUUAGCUGACGGUCAUUGAGGUUUCAUCCUCUAAUGAGACCAGGUUUCUCACUGCUUGUCAGAUGUAAGCGGCUAUCAAUAGAGUGACUUCUCACAAAGAACCUAGUUAAUGAUGGCUACCCCUUCUCUUUCAGAGAUGUAACGAUGAAGAUGGCUUGGGCGAUCAAUUUUCCCCGUCCCUUUAGAAUAUUGCCGCUUCAACGAGAAUUCAUUUCUAAGACCCUAACUACAGCAAAACAUUGCACAGUCAUCUUGCCCUUUCCCUAGUGAUAUUCGGUCACAAAGGCUCUGCUCCAGUUCCUCAGUUGCACCUUUUAUGGAUUUCUCUUUUAAAUACCCUGCAUGCCUGUUUAUCUACUUUUAAGGAACCUCCUCUAAGUGAACGAUAGAAAUAAGAUAAUCUCUUUUAGAUUUCAUGCCUUUCACUGACAUGUCACGUUUUCCUGACUUUAAAACAAGUUUAUUUAUUAAUUUCUUAAAGUUAAUAAUUUUUUAAUUAUAUAAUAUCCUGGGCUCAUGCAAAAAGACUAAUUUAAGUUCAAGGUUGUUAGCUUCUGAUUUCGUAUCAACUUUGUAGGUUUGCUUUGGGUAAUAACUGUGGGUUUUAACAGCAAGUAUGUAUAAAUACGUUCUUUUAAAAAGCGUUAAGCUUGUUAGUUUGCGUUUUUGUACACACCAUGGCAGCAGCUGAUUGGGAAAUCUUCGUUGUUGUUCACUCUCAAGUUUUACUAUUCUUUUUUCCAACUAUUAAACAAGCCCUUUCCAAAUAGAAAAAAAUUUGCCUAUAAGAGUGAUGAUAAUCACAAUAGUGAUAAUGAGGUUUUCUCGAAACACAGGCGCGCAUAAGUAUGAAAUUGAACGUAGACAUCUUAAAUAUGUUUGGCACUUUUAAACUAUUCUGUAUUUUACAAGAGGUUUGUUUUGAACAAGCUUGACGCCGUGUUAUGUUUUUGACUUUGUAUAAAAGAUUCAUUUGUAAAUUUUAUACCCCUAUUUAGAUAGCAAUUUUAUUGUGUGUUUCAUUUCUCAACAAAUUUGAAAUUGUAUCAGACCA